UGUUUGAAGAUAAAUUUUGCGCAGAUGAAAAGAUAAUGGCGCCAAAAUUUCUUAUUCGAGAUAUUGCGGAAAAACGAGCAGAAAACAAUAAAUAAAUUUCAAAUAAAUUUUAUUAAGUUUUAAAUAAAUUCAUUUCUAUAAUCGAAAUCAAAAAGGAAAAACAAUAAUUUGUGAACCUUAAUAACAUAAAAAUGGCGGACAACUUCCUACAACAUUCCGCAACUGCAUGGUCCUACCAUUCCCGAAACAAGAUUCUUGAAGGUUAACGACGUCAAAAUUCCAGAAAAUGCAUGAAAAUUUCAUAACGUUUAUUAAAACGUGCGAAAUGGAUGGGUACGAGACGCGAUUUUAAUAAAAUUUGAAAAUCUCUUCCUGGAUUAACAGUCCCGAUGACGAUCCACGGAAAUCCAAUAUGGUGGCCGUGGUCGAGAUCUAGAACAAAAGCCAACCUUAAAGAUCAUCCUUACCUUUAUUCUUUCGACGGCCGUCCGACGGAAAGAGAUAAUUUGAUUCAAUUAGUUGCCGCCUUUUAGUAAUUUUCUGUAUAUGGGAAGAUGGCCGGGCCGUGUCCUAGAUCUUCGGCCCGACUCGUAGCCGGUCUUUCUCGUCAUGUGACCGUCCGCCCAUCAGGAGUCCGAAAAACGGCCGAUUUGUUGGAGAAGCCGUUGCUCGGCGGAGAAUACGACGCGGGAGCGUGGAAGAGGCACGAGCUCCAUCCCAAGACUGCAGACGAGAAGGCGGCGGAGUGGAUAUUUCUGGUGGACACCCUCAAUUUCUCCUUCUGGGCCCCAGACGAGACCUCCCAGUGUCGGAUCUCCUUCCGAGGCGUCUCUUACACCGGAUAUUGGGCCCUGUGCGCCGCUGUCAACAGGGCGCAGGAGAAAGGAAUUCCCGUCUGCCACUCCGACUUCUACUCCAAGAUGACGGAAGAGCGAAUGAGGGACAUUCUGCGUUCUGAUUCGGAUCACGAGAUGCCCCUGGUGCCCGACAGGUGUCGCGUUCUGAGAGAAGCAGGAGCCGUCUUAAAGGAGAAAUUCGGGGGCAAAUUCGUCAACGUGCUAUCCGAAUGCGAAGGGAGCGCCCGGAAGUUGAUCCAGCUGGUGGUGGAGAACUUUCCUUCCUAUAGAGAUGAGGCCACAUAUAAAGGUCACAGAGUGUGUUUCUACAAGAGGGCGCAGAUCUUGGUGGGGGACGUCUGGGCCUGUUUCGAGGGAAAGGGCCUGGGAUAUUUUAAGGACGUCGACGUCGUCACCGUCUUCGCCGACUACAGAAUACCACAAUUGCUGCUCCACCUGGGCGCUUUGGAGUACUCGGAGGAACUGACGGAAGAUUUGAAAAAAGGAACGGAACUGGAAAACGGUUCGGAGAAGGAAGUGGAGAUUCGAGGAUGUACCAUUUGGGCGGCGGAAGUACGACUAUCCUUUCUUUUUUAUAUAUACAAUAAACGCCCGCAUUAUACAGUGUGUUGUUUAUUACAGAAGAUAGUAGAGGAACUGCGAAAGAGGACGGAGAAAAGAGGCAACGCGGUGGUCAAUUCCAUUCUGGUGGACUACUUCCUGUGGGACUACAGACGCGAACACAGAGAAGAAACGGACGCCACGCCCUUCCACAGAACCCGUUGUAUCUACUACUGAUGACGUAAUACAAUAAAAAUCUUUGAGACAACUGUU